CCCAUAUCAAAUGCACUGGAACGGCGUCCACUAAGAAGGGUGCCAAGCAAAUUGCAGCUCAAUCGAUGUUAUCGUUUGUGCAAAAUAUUUCGCAGAAUGAGAAUCAACAGCAAUUGGCCACUGUGGAUGCUGAACCAGCGGAAAAAACAUUCCGCACGUAUCGCGAAUUGAAAAAGUCUGAUAUCAAACCGAUUUCGAUUCGAAUACGCGAUCGUAAUAAUUACUUUAUGAGAUUGCCGGGCGAAGAUCGUCAAGCCGUUUAUGAAAUACUGAAAAGUGAUGGUGCAACAAUUGGCACCAACAAAGAUAAAGUGGAUUUGAUUUGUAAAACUCUGAAAAUUCGGUACGAUAUCAAAGAGAUUCCGGAUCAUCCACAGAAACAUAAGUUUUUCGUGCUACUUGACGACUACGAUUGCGUUAUUGUUGGCAAAGAGCCCUACUUAUACGAUCGCAUUAUUGAAUACUUCAAAAUUAUGAUGAAUUUUAUCAAUAUCUACUAAUUUAUUUGUCCAAAGAAUCUUCAUAUAUAUAUAUAUAUUGUUCGCUUAAUUUGUUUAAAAAUCGAUUUGUUCGCAUGUAUCCAUCAUUAUAUUCCAAUCUGCCUUUAUGCAUAUACAUAUUUGAUUUCAUAAAUAAAGAGAAUGAAAAGAUUGAAUAAUAAAUAAAGAAA